AUGGAUCGAUCAGAUUCGUUGACCAUUGAAAAAAACAUAACUUCGUUAGUUCUACCGUCACCACCGACAGGUAAUGCACGUCGAAUUGAACUUGCUGGUAUUGAUCUAUGGCUGGACGCUCGAAUCGACAGCAUUUUUGUGUAUCCAUCUACAUUGAAUCUCGAUCGAUUUAAAGAAGCACUCAGUCGUACUCUCUCUCGGUGGCCUCUUGUUGCUGGCCAUCUUCUACUACUGGACGAUAAUCGGUAUUUUAUUGAAAUGGCCGAUCAUGCGAUUCCGGUUUUCAUUGUUGACAAUCAUGACUUACCUCAAUGGCCAUUCGAUUCGACUGUAGUAGUCGAGAAAGGUUCUUCGCUAUUACAACCCUAUUUCAGUUUUGUACAAACUCGAAAAUUACUAAAUUGUUCGCCAUAUGAGCCUCUAGUGCAAAUGAAAAUUACACACAUCAUCCAGAGUAACCAAUGGGUUCUUGGUAUCAGUUGGGCGCAUAUUUUGGGCGAUGCCAUUUCAUGUCUACAAUUCCUCAAUACAUUUUCACGUCUCUAUCAACAUUUGGAACCGUGUAAACCAGAUCCAAUAUUCGAGCGACAUUUGUGGCAAGAGAAAGACGUUGUUUCUUCAUUCUUGCCCAUGAUGAAUCUACUGGAAGAUGCCUUACUACCAGAACAACAAACAAGCAGCAAUUUUAUUGACUACUUAGAAAACUAUGCUCAAAUUAAUCUGCGUUUCUCCGGUACACAACUCGUACAACUGCACAAAAUCGUUGGUGAAACGAGUGUCACUAUUCACGAUGCACUUACAGCCUACAUCAUUGUUUUAUUGAAUGCUUUCUGUUUGGAUAGUGAUGAUAAACGCAUCAAACAUACGAGUAUCAUAGUGAAUUAUCGGGGUACCUCCGAAUCGAUUGCACCGUUGGGUCAGGUAGCCAAUGCGAUUUUUCGUAUGUUAUCGGAAGAUUUUGAUGAUCCACGAUCGUUAUCGAACGUGGCUUUGACAAUUCGUCGUUCAAUCCAUCGAUCACGUGAAAUAGACUUUCUGGAGUCUUAUUUGGCUACGGCGGAUUGUUUAAUGAGACGAAACACUCGGGAAAAACGUCAAUAUCGUAUGACUCGUUAUGCGAAUGAGAUCGUUGUCAAUUCGAAUCUGAAAUACGAUUGGGCUGAUGCUGUUGAUUUCGGUUACACUAAUCAAUGUCGUUUCUACACGGCGUGGACGGGACCCUUUUAUCUGCGUGUUUUUCGAUUGAAUCCCAUCCAGAAUGGUCAUCAAUGGAUAGAACGAGAUAAAAAAGGUGCUGAAGUGGCUUUUCUGAUUGAGAAAGACAAGAAAAGUCGCUUGAUGACCGCUUGGCAGUGUGAUAUCGACGAAAAUUUUGCUCGAUGGAAACCAUCAAAAGAUACCUUUUAA